AUGUUCGGCAAACUUAAGCUCCUCUCUAAAGAGUUUGUACUUCGCUAUCUUAAUACUCUUCGAAGAGAUCAUCCUACUAUUACUAUUGAGGUUCCCGAAGAUUCCACCCGGAUCCAAACAGCACCUACAUCAUCUUCUUCCGCUUUUGAGAUUUUAAGAGAGGAGCUCCUACUCCUAGAAGCUUCAUCAUCUAGGCCAUCCUCUUCUUGCAAUUACGAUGUCUUCCUCAGUUUUAGGGGUGAGGACACCCGCUAUGGCUUUACAGACCAUUUAUACAGCGCUUUAUGCCGGACAGGAAUUGAUACAUUUAGGGAUACCGAAGAACUUCCGAGGGGAGAUUCCAUUGCACCUGAACUUCGAAAAGCAAUUGAAGAAUCAAAGUUUGCAGUUAUCAUUCUUUCCCCGAAUUACGCUGAUUCAAAAUGGUGUUUAGAUGAACUUGCAUAUGUUCUUUCCUGUAAGAAAACGAGAGGCCUGCGAGUUUUUCCGGUUUUUUAUCAUGUUGAACCAUCCGAGAUAAGAAAGCAAACCGGAAAAUUUGGCAGGGCUUUUGUUAACCAUAAAAAAGCUUUCAAGGACAAUACAUGCAAGGUGGACAAUUGGAGGCAAGAUCUAAAGGAAGUGGCCGAUGUCUCUGGAUGGAAUGCGAAGGACAGGUGA